CCGCGUCCUGCACGCCUCCACGGCUUCCUUCCCUCCCUCCCCUGAAAAAGCAAAGAACGCAACAACAACCACCCCCACCACCACCUCGAUCGCCUCCUUUCUCCCCGCGAUUCCCGACCCAACCCAGGAGGAAACCACCCGUAUCAAUCAACCAGCUUUGCCAGCGAUCACGACGGCUCCCCGUCGCCGCUGCCGGUGAUCGUGGUGGGCCCCGCAGGCGCCGGAUCUCGGGAUGUCGAGGGCGGCGCUGUCUCCGUCGUCGUCGGGGGACGAGGAGGAGGAGGAGGAGGACGAGGGCGUCGACGGGUACCGCAAGGGCGGCUACCACGCCGUGCGCCCCGGGGACCAGUUCGCCGCCGGCCGCUACGUCGCCCAGCGCAAGCUCGGCUGGGGCAACUUCUCCACCGUCUGGCUCGCUUUCGACAUCGAGUCCCAGAAAUUUGUGGCUCUGAAGAUCCAGAAGAGUGCGCCGGAGUUUGCUCAAGCGGCUCUUCAUGAAAUUGAGUUUCUGUCGGAGAUCACUAAUAGAGAUCCGUCAAACUGUAAACACACCAUCCAGUUGAUAGAUCACUUCAAGCAUGCAGGGCCAAAUGGGCAGCAUAUCUGCCUCGUCUUUGAAUUCCUUGGAGACAGCUUACUUAAGCUAGUACAAUACAACCGCUACAAAGGCAUUGGAUUGAGUAGAGUGAGGGAAAUAUGCAGGUCGAUUUUGGUAGGUCUUGAUUACUUGCAUGGAGAGCUCGGAAUCAUCCAUUCAGAUUUGAAGCUUGAGAAUGUCCUACUUGUUUCAACAAUUGACCCCUCCAAGGACCCUAUACGCUCCGGGCUUAAACCUAAUCUUGAGAGGCCUGAGGUAAAUCCUAACGCAGAAGCUGUUCAUAACCCAAUUGAUAAGAAACUGAAGAUGAGAGCAAGGAGGGUGCUUGCAAAGCUUGCUGAGAAAAAAAAGACAGCUGCUGAAUUUGCACGCGCAGAAAGAAACUUGGAUGGGAUUGAUAUGACAUGUAAGAUUGUGGAUUUUGGAAAUGCUUGUUGGGCUGACAAGCAAUUUACAGAUUUUAUUCAGACAAGGCAGUACCGGGCACCUGAGGUUAUUCUUGGCGCAGGAUACUCAUUUCCUGUUGAUAUGUGGUCGUUUGCGUGCAUUGCUUUUGAGCUUGCAACAGGUGAAAUGCUGUUCACACCGAAGGAAGGGCAUGGUUACAGUGAAGAUGAGGAUCACCUGGCUCUAAUGAUGGAGGUCCUCGGAAAGGUGCCCAAAAAGAUUGCUACCAUGGGAACAAAAUCAAAGGAGUAUUUUGACCGCCAUGGAGAUCUUAAGCGGAUAAGAAGACUGAAAUUCUCAUCUAUUGAACGUGUCCUAGUUGACAAAUAUAAAAUCCCUCAGUCAGAUGCCCGGGAAUUUGCUGACUUUCUGUGCCCUUUACUCGAUUUUGCCCCAGAGAAGCGCCCAACAGCUGCACAGUGCCUACAGAAUAAAUGGCUUCAGUGUAAUGAUGGGAAGACUAAUGCCAGCAUUGGUUCUAAGAGCGUUGAUGUAACACGGAACACCGGAAGCAUGCCUGACAGUUGUGCCAAGAGAAAUGAUGCAAAGGGCAACACUACAAACAAUGUCAACAGUAACACUGAGAAUGCUGAUGUACGACCCACUGAAAGUAUUGACAACAGAAAUGCUAAAAGCAGUGAUGUAAAUCCCAACACUGGAAGAAUCAUGAAUAAGGUUGGAAAUAACUCUGAUGUGAAGCCCCAAACUGAGAGCAUCACAAACAGAAAUGCCAAAAGCUUAGAUGUAAAGCCUUUUGCUGGAAGCAUCACCAACAAAGACGACAAAACCAUUGAUAUAAAGCCCAGCACCGGUAGCAACGGCAGUAAGGAUGACAAGAGUGGUGACACAAAGAGCAGCAUCGGAAGCAUUGCCAACAAAGAUGCCAAGAACACUGAAGGAAAGCGAAACAUUCGAAGUGUUGUGAACAGUUAUAUGAAGAACUUUGAUUCAAAGUGGAACGUUGGAAGCAUUGCCAAUAGCGAGGUAAAGGACUUGGAUGUGAAUCCCAUCAGUAGUGGUAAUGUGAAUCCCAUCAGUAGUGGUAAUGUGAAUGCCAUCAGUAGUGGUAUUGCUAAUGUUGACGCCAACAGUAGUAAUGUUAAGCCCAGCACUGUCAGUGUUGAGAACAGUGAUGCCGCAGAUACUAGCAUGACGGAAACUACUGAUGAUGUUGCCAACAGUGGUGGCAAGUUACAAACUAACAGUGGAGACGUUGAUGAGGAUGACACUGAUUCAAAGCCAAACAUUGGACGUGUUGCGGCGCGCAUACAGAGGUUGGAGAGCACCAUGAGUAAGGUGCCAAGUGGAAGAUUUCGGUGAGAAAACUCUGGAUCUGUUUAUUGUGGAUCAAAUACCUGUUUUCACCAAAGCUUGGAUCUGUUUAUUGUGGAGAGGCAUAUUCUUUUUCGUUAGAUUUGUAUGAUUGAUUUGAUUACUGAGGUUAAUAACCAUGUGGAGCCAACCUUCAUCAAGAUUAACGACAUUGCGAGCACCAACUGGCACUUGAUACAUCUAUAUUCCCGCUAACUGUAAACAGUUUUUGUAUUUUUACCCACAGAAUGUACAUGGAGAGGCACAUAUUUCUUAUAUAUAUACCCCUGGACAAAUUGUAUUAAUGCUCACAGAUUAUUGUCAAUCAAGGUACACAACAUUCUUUUGGACUUUU